GCGCCGGCCCCGCGCCCUCCUCCUCCUCCUGCAGCCGCCGCCCGGCGCCGCCAUGCCCGGCCCGGCCGCCGGCAGCCGGGCGCGGGUGUACGCCGAGGUGAACAGCCUGAGGAGCCGCGAGUACUGGGACUACGAGGCGCACGUCCCGAGCUGGGGCAAUCAGGACGACUACCAGCUGGUUCGGAAGCUCGGCCGAGGGAAGUACAGUGAGGUCUUCGAGGCCAUCAACAUCACCAACAACGAGAGGGUCGUCGUGAAGAUCCUCAAGCCAGUGAAGAAAAAGAAGAUAAAACGUGAGGUGAAGAUCCUGGAGAACCUCAGGGGAGGCACCAACAUCAUCAACCUGAUCGACACAGUCAAGGACCCCGUGUCCAAGACUCCAGCUCUGGUGUUUGAGUACAUCAAUAACACAGAUUUUAAGCAACUGUACCAGAUCCUGACAGACUUUGAUAUUCGGUUUUAUAUGUAUGAGCUGCUGAAGGCCCUGGAUUACUGUCACAGCAUGGGGAUCAUGCACAGGGACGUCAAACCCCACAACGUCAUGAUAGACCACCAACAGAAGAAGCUGCGCCUCAUCGACUGGGGCCUGGCCGAGUUCUACCACCCCGCUCAGGAAUACAACGUCCGUGUGGCCUCCAGGUACUUCAAAGGACCAGAGCUCCUUGUGGAUUACCAAAUGUAUGACUACAGCUUGGACAUGUGGAGUUUAGGCUGUAUGCUGGCAAGCAUGAUCUUCCGAAAGGAGCCCUUCUUCCACGGCCAGGACAAUUAUGACCAACUGGUUCGCAUUGCAAAGGUCCUGGGCACGGAUGAGCUGUAUGGGUACCUCAAGAAGUACCACAUAGAGCUGGACCCUCACUUCAAUGAUAUCCUGGGCCAGCACUCUCGGAAGCGCUGGGAGAACUUCAUCCACAGUGAGAACAGGCACCUGGUGAGCCCCGAAGUCCUGGACCUGCUGGACAAGCUCCUGCGAUACGACCAUCAACAGAGGCUGACGGCCAAGGAGGCCAUGGAGCACCCCUACUUCUAUCCAGUGGUGAAGGAGCAGUCCCAGCCCAGCUCAGACAACUCUGUGCUGUCCAGUGGCCUGACAACAGCACGAUGAAGACUGGAAAACGACGGGUCUGAUGCUGUUGCUCCCACUUUUCCAUAUGCAGAAUGAGAACCAAAUGACCCGUGUCACGGGGCGGCCGGCGCGGCGCGGGCAGGGCUGGCCACAGCUCUCCUCUCCCAGCCUUAAAAGGUUCUUCUGCCUUUGGUUCCUUGUUGAGUUCUUCCUGACCUGGAAAGAGUGGAGAUGUGAAGGGUGUGCAGAGCUGGUGGGGGUCGGCUCUGGCUGCCGUUGGCCUGCCAGGGCUCGGGGGUGGCAGGGGCUGCAGGCUCACGGGUGACAGUUCUCUACCAAAAGAAUUCUAUGUUGUUGAAUAAAAGUUUUGAAAGAA